GGCUACCUCACGCACCGCGAGAUCGUCGCGCACGCCAUCAACGCGCGCUGCGAGAUCGCGUGCGAGGGCCGCGUGCCGCCGCGCGUCGCCGCGUUCCUCCGGGAGCAGGAGGCCUGGACGGCGGCGACCGUGGCUGAGCGCGCGGCGUCGGACCCGCUCUGGCGGCACGUGCGCGACGUGCGCGACCAGUUCGAGGGCGUCGUCGACGGCGUGGACGCGGCGGUGCGCGCGGACGCGUCGGGCGCCGCGCUGCGCAUGGCCGUGCGCCUCGUCAACUCCAUCGGCGAGCUCAUCGACGUCGUGCCCGCGGUGCUCCACCCCGGCGAGCGCGAGGACAUGUCGGGGACGCCGGCGACGCCGAAGGAGCGGGCCGAGGCCGACUCGGAGGCGCUCGCGAACUCGGGCCGCUGCACGGUGCUCAUCACCGUCGCCGACGACCUCGGCGACAUCUUCUUCUCGCACGCGACCUGGUUCCACUACGCCAUGAUGAACCGCAUCUACAAGCACUACUCGCUGCCGGGCGUGCCCGGCGCGUCGCAGUCCUUCUCGUCCUACCCGGGCACGCUGAGCUCCUUCGACGACUUCUACCUGAUCAAGGAGACGUCGCUCGUGAUCCUGCAGACGACGAACGGCAUCUACAACGCGUCGCUCUACGGCGCCGUGCGGCCCCAGAGCCUGCCGUCGUGGCAGCGCGUGCGCGCGGCGAACGCGCUCGCGGCCACGGGCCCGGCCUGGGCCUCGAUCGUCGGCCGCGAGAACAGUGGCACCUACAACAACCAGUACAUGAUCCUGGACCUCAAGCUCUUCGAGCCCGGCAACGCGCUCCCCGACGGCCUCCUCUACGUCGUCGAGCAGAUCCCGGGCACGAUGGUCUCCGGCGACGCGACGGCGGAGCUCGAGCGGGGCUACUUCCCGAGCUACAACGUGCCCUACUUCGAGGAGAUCUACGACAAGAGCGGCUACCCGACGCUCGACGCGCGGCGCGGCCGGAAGCGCGGCUCGGCGCGCGGCUCGGAGUACCAGCUCGCGCCGCGCGCGAACAUCCUGCGCCGGGACUUCCCCAAAGCCAAGAGCCUCGCGGGCAUGCGCCGGGUCAUGCGCGCGAACGGCUACGGCCGGGGCGACCCCUUCGCGACGGACCCCUGGGCCGCGGUCUGCGCGCGCGGCGACCUGCACCCGACGAAGGCGUCCCUGGCGGGGUGCCAGGACGCCAAGGUCGGCUCCGCGUCCCUCUUCCGCGAGAAUCGCGGCGCCUGGGUCGUCCUCGGGCCCACGGACGACGGCCAGCCCGCCUUCAGCUGGAAGGGCAUCGAGCAGCUCGACUUCUCCAACGCGACGGGCUCGACGCAGUCCGAGGCCAUCAACGCGGCCCAGACCGCGACGCGCCUCAUGUCCGGCUCGCCGUCCCACCUCCUCCAGCCGGACACGUUCGACUUCGCCUACGAGCUCAUCGCGCCCUAG